AUGGUCAUGGCAACGAGCGGCCCGGAGCCCGAACGUCAAGAGGAGUCGCAAUUCUGGCGAGAUGAGGUCUCGCAUUCUCUCCUUUCCCUCAUGCAGAGUGCUGGAUACUCUCUUAAGGAGCAGGAACAUUAUCUAGAGUUCACCAAACAGCAUGUUUUAUCGUCCCUAGGACCCCCUCCCAUCACUACCAAGUCGGGGGCUAGAAUCCCGCAUUUCGACAGCUUUUGCUCUGACGAUUUCUCACCUGCUGAGCUCAGCUGGAAUAUCGGGCAUAACCGAUCCAAAAUUCGGGUGGGCUCCGAGCCCAUCGGCCCAUUCGCCGGGACAGUCAAAGACCCUUUCAACCAGGACGAAUCUCAAGUGGUCAUGUCGCGUCUGUUGCGUCAAGGGCGUGGCCCUGUCGACGGGGAGCUCUGGGAGUUCUUCAAGAAGCACCUCCACGUUGAAGCCAAGCACGCGAACGAGAUUGUGUCCAAAAUGGCGCCCAAUGAACACAUGACAACCAAUACCAUCUCGUUCGAUCUGGAUGGCGAACAGCCGGCUCCGAAAGUCUACUUCUACCCUAUCCCAAUCUCUCUCCUAGCGAAUAAUCAUGCUGGGGAAAUCAUCACUGAUGUUGUCGCGCAACUCCCGGUAAACCUGGAGCCUGCCUUCAACUACGUCCGGGACUUCGUUUACUGCUACAAGAAGCAGCGCAAUAACGAGAGCAUCUUGCGGCUGGAACUUAUUGCGUUUGACGCCGUGAGCCCAGUCGAUUCCCGCUUCAAGCUAUACCUCCGAACCAAGGAAACCUGCCUGGCGCGGGUGGAGGAGGUGUACUCACUCGGGGGUGCGCUCAAGGGUCCAGAGAUAGACCACGGCUUGAAUCUGAUCCGCUCCUUUUAUCUGCACGUUUUGGGAACGACAGCUCCAGAGGAGGAUCUACCUCCCAGCACACACCGCACGGCAGGAAUCAUCUUCAAUAUGGAGAUGAAGCAUAACAGUCUUGCCCCAGUGCCGAAAGUGUAUAUCCCUGUGCGCCAUUACGGCGGCACGGACUUGCGGAUCGCCCAAUCACUCAGUAAUUUCUUCCGUGCUUGGGGGCUUACUCAUAUGGCCGACACGUAUGUUGCUGCUGUCCAAAAAGCUUUGUAG